GAGGACAGAAUUUCAAUGCUAAAAUCAAAAGUCAAGAGAAACAUCCUAGAAGAAAAACUCCAGGAAAUGCAGCAGUUCUUUGGGCUCGAAGCAACUGGGCAGCUGGACAAGCCUACUUUGAAGAUAAUGCACACCCCUCGCUGUGGAGUAUCUGAUGUGCAGCAUCGUGGCGCAGUGCCAUUGAGGUCAAUAUGGAGCAAGCAUCACCUCACCUACAGAAUCAUUAAUUACACUCCUAACAUGAAGCGUGAGGAUGUUGACUACGCAUUUCAGAAAGCUUUUCAAGUCUGGAGUGAUGUGAGUCUUCUGAGAUUCAGGAGGAUUUAUGAAGGCGAGGCUGACAUCAUGAUCCUUUUUGCAUUUGGAGCGCAUGGAGACCGCAAUGCUUUUGAUGGAAAAGGUGGUGUACUGGCCCAUGCUUUCUACCCUGGACCUGGCAUUCAAGGAGAUGCACAUUUUGAUGUGGCAGAAACCUGGAGUAAAAGUUCCUCUCAAGGUACGAAUCUGUUCCUUGUUGCUGUUCAUGAGCUUGGCCAUUCCUUGGGGCUGCAUCAUUCCAACAAUCCAAACUCAGUCAUGUACCCCAGCUAUGGUUUCCUUGACCCCAACACAUUCCGCCUCUCUGAUGAUGACAUAAGUAGCAUUCAGUCUUUCUAUGGAGCCCCAGUAAGAAGCCCACCCACGAUGCGUCCUGAGCGUCGCCUGCCAAUGAUCUGCCGGCAGCGCCUGAGCUUUGAUGCGGUCACCACAGUGGGAGAUAAAAUCUUCUUCUUUAAAGACUGGUUCUUCUGGUGGACACGACCUGGGAGUCUAGCCUCCAAUAUCACUUCAAUUUCUUCCAUGUGGCCAACUGUCCCGUCUGGUAUCCAAGCUGCUUAUGAAAUUGAAAGCAGAAAUCAACUAUUUCUUUUUAAAGAUGACAAGUACUGGUUAAUAAGCAACUUAGCACCAGAGCCAAGCUAUCCCAGAAGCAUAUACACUCUGGGAUUGCCCACGUCAGUGAAGAGAAUAGAUGCAGCCACCUUCGACCCAUAUCGCCAGAAGGUUUUCUUCUUUGCGGAUAAGCAGUAUUGGAGGUAUGAUGUGGCGCAACAGGCCAUGGACCCGACUUAUCCCAGACUCAUUUCCACACACUUCUCAGGAGUUGGUCCUAAAGUUAGUGCAGUCUUCUAUUUCAAACGAUACUACUACAUCUUCCAAGGAGCCAUGCAACUGGAAUAUGACCCCCGGUGGCAUCGAGUCACAAAAAGGAUGAAGAGUACCAGCUGGUUUGGGUGUUAGGAAGGAUGCAGUCAAGGGUGCUUGUCAGUGCAAUAAGUACUUAUCACAUAUUCGCCAUGUACUACAUGCCAGUAAUGUAACAGGAAACGACCACAGAUAACUGUUUACACAGAAAAAUGCUUUUACAAAAGUUAUCCUCUUUUGAUUAUUUUUCAGUUGAUCCUCUUCUUAAUUUUGAGCAAAUAUCUUCA